UGGUUCAAUAGAACCACAUUGUUGUUUAUGUUCCACAUAAGCCACCUUCCACUCCUCUUCAUUUAACUCUUAUCAGUGUGAUCCCUCGUUUCCUUUCAUCCUUAUGUUUUUUAUUCAGCUUUUCUGUAAGUCUGUCCCGCUAUUUACCUUAACCCCUGCUAGCGAUAGUGAUUUUUGAGCCACACUCCAUGAAGCUGCUUCUGAAUUAGAAUUAUUAAUAAUUUUCUUACAAUAAUAGUCCCUAGUUUAGGAGGCUGAAUCAUCUAAAUGUCUAUGCUGUCCAACCUCUUCAUAAUUUUAAGAGACCUCAGGGGUGCUCAAUCUCAGACUUGACUCAACCCAUUAAAUCUCUCCUGUUGCAAUGUGUCAGUCUAAUUAUCCAUGUCACUUCCUGUCUCUCAUUACAAUUGUAAAUGUAACACUGAUUGCUUAGAUACCAAACGGACAUUCGAUCAGUAUGUGAAGAGGGCCCUGUCAGUAAUACUCACCUUGUAUAUGUCCGUGUUUCAUAAAUGCAUGGACAAGAGCAACUGAAGACUUGUGACCAUGGAGCGAAAACUCAAGACAGACAACGAGAAGCAAAACUUCUGGAAAGAAAACAUAACCAAAGAGGACCUGCUGAGGCUAUGUUGGCUGAGAGACCACCAGAAAGGCCUCAACAAGACACCAGGCAGACAGACGGAACUUAAGAGUUUUGUGCGACCUCACAUUGAUCUCCAGAAGCAGAAAUCAACGGAGCAGGAGGAGAAGACUUCAGUGACGGAAGGUGACACGGAAAAGCCAAAAGCUGAAGAGAAAGUUGCAACAGUGUCAUAUAGUGACAUGAGGCCUGUCACCCCAGAGGUGCAAGCUCUGCUUUACGAUGGAUUCUCUAAAGAGGAGAAAGGAAGAUACCAAUACCUAAAGGCACGGACAAAGAAAGGGCCUAGUGAAAAAUAUAACCAUGCCAUUACCUCUUCCUGGGAGUAUGGCUGGAAAUUAGGUGAGAAAGUGUCAGCUAAGCAAGGCUAAGACAGUGAUUUCAUUGUUGCUGCUGGGGGCAAGGCUGAGAGUUCAGUUGGGGGAGUCAGUAUUGUUGGGAGUGGAGUAUUAGUCUUGCUGGACAAGGAGUUGGGAUCGCUGUUUCUAGGCAGGGGUCAGUAAUGUUUAGCCCAUCGUCAUGAUGAAAGGGAUUGGGAACUAGUUAGAGGCUGACCCUUGCUGGACCAUGUGUCAAACAUUAUCCAACAGCCGCCAUUCACAUCUGGACUCAAAUUCAUUCCAGACAUGAAUACUGUCUUCCUCUGGGAAGCAAAACAGACCGUCAACAGAAAUGUUUGCUUCAGGGUGAUUUUUCACUAUCAGGCUGAGUGCAUGUGUUUUUUUUUCAUUUGAUCAUAUGAUCAUACUGCUUUCACUGUUGUUUCAAUCAAUUCAGGCUGAAUCUAUUGGGACUCAUGUAUUUGGACUAAAUAGUAUAUCGAGUAAAGCACCUCCCACACUCUCUUAUUAAACAAUUCCUGGGUAAGUUCAGCACAGGUUAGAUGCUGAGUAAAGAUUUUUCUACACUGCACCAUCAAACACUCUCAAAACAAAUAUAACACAGGCUAGUUCCAGACUAAAGUUGCCUCUGGUUUUUAGUCUCACUAACACAACCCAAUCUAAAGCUUCA